AUGUGACAGGAGGAAGCCUCUCCUUACUCUUUGCUUGACAUCUGCUUGAAUUUCCUGACUGCCAACCUAGAGAAGUUUUGCACAGAAAGGCAGGAUGGAACGCUGUGUUUGCAGGAGCCGGGGAUGUUUCCUCAAGAAGUGGCUGAUCGAUUGCUACAGACGAUGGCAUUUCACGGGCUGCUGAAUGAUGGAACUGUGGGCAUCUUCCGAGGCAACCAGAUGCGUCUGAAACGUGCCUGUAUCCGGAAAGCAAAGAUCUCUGCAGUGGCUUUCCGAAAAGCAUUCUGCCAUCACAAGCUGGUGGAACUUGAUGCCACUGGGGUGAAUGCAGAUAUAACAAUCACAGACAUUAUAAGUGGACUUGGCAGCAAUAAAUGGAUCCAACAAAACCUUCAAUGCCUUGUGCUGAACUCGUUAACUCUUUCCUUGGAAGACCCCUACGAAAGGUGCUUCAGUCAACUGUCUGGGCUUCGUGCAUUGAGUAUUACCAAUGUUCUGUUCUACAACGAGGACUUGGCAGAUGUUGCUUCCCUUCCUAGAUUAGAAAGUCUGGAUAUAUCAAACACCUCUGUCACUGACAUAACUGCACUCCUUACCUGCAAAGACCGCCUCAAAUCUUUGACCAUGCACCACCUGAAAUGCUUAAAAAUGACCACAACACAGAUUUUGGAUGUUAUAAGAGAACUAAAAUACCUAAAUCAUCUUGAUAUUUCAGAUGAUAAACAGUUCACAUCAGACAUAGCACUUCGUUUACUGGAACAGAAAGAUAUCUUGCCUAACCUUGUGUCUCUGGACAUUUCGGGAAGAAAGCACGUUACGGACAAGGCUGUGGAAGCAUUUAUUCAGCAACGGCCAACAAUGCAGUUUGUAGGACUGCUAGCUACAGACGCUGGCUACUCCGAAUUCCUAACAGGAGAAGGAAACCUAAAGGUGUCAGGAGAAGCAAAUGAAACUCAGAUUUCUGAAGCACUGAAGCGUUACAGUGAACGGGCCUUCUUUGUGAGAGAAGCACUCUUCCAUUUGUUCAGCCUGACACAUGUAAUGGAAAAAACGAAACCUGAAAUUUUAAAGCUUGUGGUUAUUGGAAUGCGAAAUCACCCCCUGAACUUGCCUGUGCAGUUAGCUGCAAGUGCGUGUGUCUUCAACCUAACGAAGCAGGACCUAGCGGCAGGCAUGCCUGUGCGCCUUCUGGCUGAUGUCACUCACUUACUCCUGAAGGCCAUGGAACAUUUUCCUAAUCAUCAACAGCUGCAAAAGAAUUGCCUUCUUUCACUGUGCAGUGACAGAAUCCUUCAGGAUGUUCCAUUUAACAGGUUUGAAGCAGCCAAACUUGUUAUGCAGUGGCUAUGUAAUCAUGAAGAUCAAAACAUGCAAAGGAUGGCUGUAGCCAUAAUUUCUAUUCUUGCUGCAAAGCUUUCAACAGAGCAAACGGCUCAACUUGGAGCAGAGCUUUUCAUUGUUAGGCAACUUCUUCAAAUAGUGAAACAGAAAACAAAUCAGAACCUUGUAGAUACUACCCUCAAGUUCACACUGAGUGCACUUUGGAACCUCACUGACGAAUCUCCAACAACUUGUCGGCACUUCAUUGAAAAUCAAGGGCUGGAACUCUUCAUGAGAGUCCUGGAGUCUUUUCCAUCUGAGUCAUCCAUCCAACAGAAGGUUCUUGGACUUCUGAAUAACAUAGCUGAAGUUAAAGAGCUCCAUUCUGAAUUAAUGUGGAAAGACUUUAUAGAUCACAUCAGUAAAUUAUUGCACAGCGUUGAGGUGGAAGUCAGCUACUUUGCAGCAGGGAUUAUUGCUCAUUUGAUAUCUCGAGGAGAGCAAGCCUGGACGCUAAGUCGCAGCCAAAGGACCUCUCUUCUUGAACAACUGCAUUCUGCCAUUUUGAAUUGGCCAACUCCAGAAUGUGAAAUGGUGGCUUAUAGGUCUUUCAAUCCAUUUUUUCCUCUACUUGGCUGUUUCAUGACACCUGGUGUUCAGUUAUGGGCAGUGUGGGCCAUGCAGCAUGUCUGCAGUAAAAAUCCUACCAGGUACUGCAGUAUGUUAAUUGAAGAAGGAGGUUUACAGCACUUAUACAACAUCAAAGAAAAUGCCCAGACUGAUCCACAUGUACAGCGAAUUGCAAUUGCCAUCCUCGAUAGUUUGGAAAAACAUAUUAUGCGUCAUGGGAGACCACCUCCAUGCAGAAAACAGCAACAAAAUAAACCAAACUGAAAGCUGCAGGUAUAAGAGUGUAAAGUAUUGUAUUUGUAAUAAUCCUUUAUGAUGUGUGUGUAGUUUGAGUAACUUGUAAUAUAGUGGUCACCAUUAAAGUGAUUUGGCAAUAAUUGUGGUACCCAGAACCGUGUAUGGUAACCUAUGGUGAAUGUCAACUUUAAUGGCAACCGUAUAUGCAACCUGUAAAAGGAACCAUGGUCACUGCUUGAGCUGGUCAUCCCUGUACGAUUAUUGCUGGCUGCAAAGAGAUGAGACUUGUACAGAUCAAUAUGCACCUCCGG